GACACAGGCGGCGGAGCUUGUUGCGGAUUGCAAUGAUUGCCACAACUCAACAAAACAUGACCACGGAGCUGGACCUGGGGAGUUCAGAAGGUCCCCCGAGGAACUGGAAAGGCAUCGGGAUCGCGAUGGUGGUGAUCCUGGCUGUGAUGUCUUUGGUCAUCCUCUCCGUCAUCGUCCUCACGCCCGACGAGUCUCACUUGUUGCUCCGCUCACAUCUCACUAUGGAGGAUCUGGAGAGCGAAGAGUUCAAAGUUCAUGACCCCUGUGUGGCGUGGCUGAACGAAAACGAAGUGGCUCUGUGCACCCGAGAGGGACACGUCCUGUCGUUCGGCCUGAGCAGCAACCUCACCUCCACUCUGGUGGACAACAGCUCCCUGGACCUGAGCUCCUCUAAGUUCCAGGUGUCUGCAGACAAGACGUUUGUCCUCUUGGCCUGCAACAUCCGACCGGUGUUCUCUCAGUCCUUCACAGCCUCCUAUGCUAUCUACAAUGUGGCCAAUGGAGAUCUGCAGGAGCUGAACCCUCCGGAGAACGAGAAGGCGGCGCUGCAGUACGCCUCCUGGGGGCCUCAGGGGAGCCAGCUGGCCUACGUGUUCGACGGGGAUCUGUACUACAAGCCGAGCGUGAGCAGCAGAGCCCUGCGCCUCACGGACACCGAGCCGGAGCAGAACGUGGUGAACGGGCUCUCCGACUGGACUUAUGAAGAGGAAGUGCUCCUGACGUAUGUUGCCCACUGGUGGUCGAUGGACGGGGCGCGGCUGGCGUACCUCACCAUCAACAACUCUGCCACCCCCGUGAUGGAAAUCCCUCGCUUCUUAGGGGGUCUCUACCCCUCCAACGUGCUCUUCCCCUACCCCAAGGCCGGCUCCAGUAUCCCAUCAGUCAGUCUGUCUGUGGUGAAUCUGUACGGUCCAGCUCACACUCUGGAGAUGAUGCCUCCGGACUCCCUCAGGACCAGAGACAGCUACAUCUCCAUGGUGACGUGGAUCAGCAGCACCCGCCUCGCGGUGCGUUGGCUGAACCGUGCCCAGAACCAAUCAGUGCUCUGCGUGUGCGAGGCCACCACCGGAGCGUGCUCAGAGAAACACAAGAUGACCAUGGACAUCCUGCAGAACCAACGACAGGACGUGCCGCUGUUUUCCGCGGACGCCUCCGUGUUUUACACGAUCCUGCCAGCGAAGCAGGGCGCCCGCGGAGAGUUCCACCACAUCGCCGCUCUCUCCGCUCAGCCAGCCAUCCCCUCCAUCCCCCCUCGCUUCCUGACAUCGGGGAGCUGGGACGUCACUUUGCUCUGCGCCCUCGACGGGAAGGCGGGAAAAAUAUAUUUCCUGAGUGCAGAGGAAUCCAGACAGAGCCGACACCUGUACAGCGUCGACCUGGACGGAGAGUUUCAGCGCCGCUGCAUCUCCUGUCACCUCAUCGAUGGAUGUCGCUUCUUCAAAGCCGAAUUCAGCCCCAACCAAACCUACUUCACCCUCUACUGUCAAGGACCAGGAAUCCCUAAAGUGACAGUUCACAGUACAAAGGACCCCUCCAGGUACGUGGUGCUGGAGGACAACAGUCCUCUCUCUGACGCUCUGCAGGACAAGAGGCUCCCUGAGACUCUGUUCAGGACGCUCCCUGCAGAAAACCACGAUCUGCACCUGAAGCUGUCGCUGCCUCAGGGCUACGAGGCCAACCUGCACCCUCUGCUCGUCAUCGUGGAUGGCGUGCCGGGCCGUCGGUCGGUGACGGAGGAAUUUGCCCUGGACUGGCCUCAGGUCCUCUCCGGCACACACGGCGUGGCCCUGGCCUGGGUGGACGGCAGGAGCGGGGUGGGCCGCGGACAGAAGACCGCCGCCGUGGACCCGCGCAAGCUCGGCUCCAUCAGAGUCAAAGAUUAUCUGGGAGUUGUUGAGCUGCUGAUGAAGCUGCCGUACAUCGAUGAUCGCCGGAUGCUCCUCUACGGGAAGGCGUUUGGCGGUUAUUUAACUCUCAAGAUGUUGGCGGCGACAGAAAAGCUCUUCCAGUGCACGGCCGCUGUGGCACCGAUCACGGACUUCAGGCUUUACAGUGCUGCAUUCUCUGAGAGGUAUCUUGGCCUUCCAACGAAGGAGGAGCACGCUUACUCUACUGCGUCUUUGCUGGACGAGGUUAACAAGCUGAAAGAUGAGAGCUUCCUGAUUCUACAUGGAACUGCAGACGCGAGGGUUCACUUCCAGCACAGCGCUGAGCUCCUGAGCCGGCUGGUGAGGGUGGAAGCCAACUACUCGCUGCAGCUGUACCCGGACGAGGGCCACGUCCUCAGAGAGCCGCGCAGCAUCCAGCACUUCCAGCGGACGCUGGUGAACUACCUCCACACCUGCCUGAAGCACAGCGUCCUCCCGGACCCCGUCGAGGACGAGGAAGAGGAAGACGACUGAGCCCCGAGGAAGGACUAUCUUUGGACUGUACGCCAUGUUAUGCAUUACCUUGGGUCGGAUUAGCAGGCACAAGAGCACGGGAGCGGGGACCAAACACAUCCUACAACUUCUGGAAGAACUGUUGACCUUGUUGCACACGAUCAUUUCUGUAUGUUCCCUGUUUCUUGAGAAGGCUACGGAUUUUGCCAAAAGUUUACACAGAUUUAAAACAUGCAUGUCGUAAUGGCUGCAUGAUGUGGAUUAGUUUGCAUUUUCUAAAUCUCACCCAUCAGGGUUAAAAGUGCAAAAUCUGCCAACAGCCGGGAACACAUUGGAAGACUUAAUAACUCCUUAUUCAUUGUUUUAUUUUACCAGGAAUAUUCCCAUUGACAUUCAGAAUGUCUUUCACACGUGAGUCCUGGUGACGACAGCAGCAUCAACACAUCAAAGAGAAACAAGCAUCACAUGUAAAACAAACUGAGCAGAGGUCAGUAUCAGGACAUUCUGCUCCAAAUCUUCCAUACUUGUAAAAGAAAUGAGUUAAAAGCACUUCCUCGCAGACACACGUACAGGAUUAGUUUGCAGCUGCUCCGGUAUAAAGAAGACAAACUGCAAUGAUUUGUGCAGAAACCCGAAUCAGAGACAAAUUAUAAUUCUGUAACAUAAUGCAACAUGUGACACUGAGUAACUUUCACCAAGAAGAAGAACUAAAUAUAUAAAACAUCACUUUAAUUCAUGUCUGUAACUUUAAGUCAAGUCAUCUUGUACAUUUCAUACUCAGGUAAACUCAAUAACAUUAAACAUUAACACUUUAUAGUGUUUUAAAACAACCACACACUCACAAACACAGAUGUAUUUAUUACCCGUUCUCUUCCUCCUGCACUCACACGGGCUACAUUUCCACACGCACGAUGUGUUCCCGGCUUGAAUAAAGUUAGAUGAAGUAUUAUGGAUCGUUCUGUGUGCUGUUGUUGGUGUUCAUCCACUGGUUUUAUUUGCAUUUCUUGUGACAGCACAAGCUCUGAUUCAGAGACGUCCGUGUGGGUCUGUCUGGAGUUCCUGUGUUCAGUGCAGUAUCUUCUGUUUUGGUACAUUUGGCAUUUUAAACAUUUCUUCUUGUGUGUUGCAGGAUUAAAUGAUUUCUUUGGACCAAACUGGUAAACUGCAUGAAGUUGGUUUGAAGCGAACGC